UAUAUGACUCUUUUUAAGAUCGGUUUCAAGGCACCAUUCGAUCAUUACAUUGAUCUAAAACCUGUGUUCGACGACAGAGACAAACGGCAGUGAUAAUUUCGAARGAUACUUUGGAAACACAACGGACUCUUCCUAUCAUCAGUAUAUAGCAUGCAUGAACAACUUGAAGCCAAAAAAAUGACAACRACCAGAAAAAAAAGAUCGGGGCUAGCUAUCGAUACAGCAUCCAGUAUUUUUGACCCUCGCUGGAGGCCGUUGCGAGGAAGUUCGACUACAAUUACUUUCGAAACAAAAUACACCGCAGGAUCAUUUUUCUUACAGAAACAAAACGAAAACCACCACUAUUCUAUUUAAAUAUCAAAAUUGUUUAGAAAACGCAUUGAAAUCAAAGCGAAGCAGAGCAUGGGAAGGAAGUCCCCCACCGAUGACGGGGCUAGCUCCGGUUCCGAUUCAARGCGAAAGACGAAGUCGAAGAGCUCUACAAGUUGCUCCAAAUCAAGCAAGACAAAAUCUAAAGAAAAGGAUUCCUCGAAAUCGUUUCCAUUGUCCAUCCGAAAGCAACCCUACGGGGAAGCCUUUUGGAUAGAGGUGGAACCAUCUACCAGAAUUUCUUCCUGCAAGAAAAAGAUCCAGAAAUUGCGGGGGAUUCCGUCCAGCAACAUUCGCUUGGCAAUCGUAUCGUCCUCCCCGGACGAAUCAUCAUUCUGGGUGAUUGACAACGACAAAAGUGGCUACGACAACGAUGACUUUCAAGAACGAACCCUAAAAUCCCUCGGCAUCACCGGUGGCGACGACAGCCUCGGCAAGAGUCGAAACGAAUCCGUAUUUCUCGAGCUGGCCGCAAUCUCGCUAUAUGUGCGAACACCUAGCGGGCAAAUAAUAUUUUUAGAGGAUUCUGUGGACGUGGAAUGCACCGUGGACCACCUCGAGGAAUUGAUCGCUUCUCGAUUGAUAUCGGAUGGGGUUCAGGAAUACACCGAGCACGUUGCAGAAUCGAAACGCUUGAUGCUUAGCUUCGAUGGUUCUCCACUGAACAGGGGUCAUGCCAUUAGCAAGUUCUGUAUCCAAGAUCGAGGUGUCCUCGAGGUGGCCUUUGUCAAUCGCGACUAUGAGGACGGUGAUUUUGUCCCGCCUAUCGAAAUCAAGGUGUCGAACGCUCAUUCGGACGAUGAAGCGCGGCCCACUCUGACAAAGAAGAAAUCAAAGAGAGYGAAAAAGGCAAAUGCAAACGAGGAUGCACGGCCUACUUUGACUAAGAAAAAAUCCAGGAGGAUUGACUCUGACGAUGAAUCGCAGCCUACGAUCCCUAAGAGGAAAUCCAAGAAAGAGAGCGCGAAGAAUAAUUCAGAUGAGGAAGAGCGACCAACGUUAGCCAAGAAGAAAUCCAAGAGAGGAGGAUCGAAAACCAAAGCGGACGAAGAAGAGCGACCAUCAUUGACCAAAAAGAAAUCCAAGAGAGCGGGUAAGAAGUCCGAUUCAGACGAUGAAGCGCGGCCUGCACUAGCAAAGAAGAAAUCUACAAGACAAGGUCGAUCGAAGAAAAAUAGAGACGAAGACAGCCUCGACAGUAAGAAGUUGAAGAAAAGGUCAAAAUCUAGAAGAAGAACRAAAGAUGAUUCCAAGAGAAAGGCCGGAAAGGAGCAAGCGAAGGAARUCAAAACUAUGGAUGACGAACAGCUAGAAUCUGAUGCAGAGGCUGAAUUUGAAGCCAAGAUGAGGAUGGCAGCAGAGAUCAAAAGUCAAAUCAGGGCCACAACAGAGGAAGACUGUGAAAUUCUAGAAGCCAAGGMCGAGGCAAAAUCUAAUGCGGAGGCUGAUGCUGCGAUUUCACAGGCCGACGCAGAAGCCAAGGCAGCAGCUGAAGCCGAAGCCAUAGCAGCAGCUGUUGCAAAGAGAAAGGAAACUGAAAGGAAAAUCAGAGAAGCCGAGGCCAAGGCCAAAGUCGAUGCCGAAGCUGCCGAUGCAAAGAAAGCCAAGGCGGAGGAGGCUUCAAAAGCAAAGGCCGCAGCCAAGGCAAAAGAAAAGGCCGAGGAAAAACRAAGAAAGAAGGCAGCGGAGGAAGAAAAGAAACUGAAGAAGAAGAAAGCCGUAGCUGAACGGAGAAGAAGGGCAGCGGAGGAAGCCGAGGAAGAAAGGAGAAGAGUAGAAGCCGAGGCCAAAGACAUUGCGGGAGAUGCCGUUGACAUUGCGGAAGAAGUGAAGRAGGAGGCAGGAAGCGAUACCGAUAUUGCAAAACAAGCCGAGGAAGAUGCAGCUGCAAAGGCAGCAGCUAAGGCUAGAGCACAAGCGAAGGCAAAAAUUGCUGCCGCAAUGAAAGCAGAAGAAGAGGCAGCUGCUAAAGCUGCAGCAGAGGCAAAGAAAAAAGCAGAAAGAGUGUGGGGAAGAGUAGAAGCCAAAGCAAAGGCCAAGGCCGAGGCUGCCGCUGCAAAGAAGGCGGAGAUAAAAGCAGCUGCCAAAGCGAAGGCUGAAGCCGGCGCUGACGCUUUGAGAAAAAUUGACUCGAGAACAGUUAUUGCUCCUGCCGGAAAGCUCGGGCUAAUGCUGGCCGAUAAGAUCGAUUCCACGGGAUGCGUCGUUUUAGGUGUCCAAGCUUCGAGUGCCAUGAAGGACAAACUUUCUGUUGGCGAUUGGAUCGUAGCUAUUGACGGCGAGAGUGUCACUCGAAAGACAUAUGAUGACAUCAUCGACAUUAUAUGCAACAAGGGCGAAUAUGACAGGGAAUUCACAGUUGUCCCCAGCAACAGCCCUAGUGCGACAUUUUACGAACUGGAAUACGACGACGAAGAAGAAGAAAGCGAUGAAUGCGAUGGCGAAAACACCCAGAGUGGAGUUGGCCUCGUGUGGGAUUACAUUUCCUCUAUGCAUUCCCGAGAGGGGUACUUCCCGUCUCUCCAAUCRCUGCACAUAGGACACGAAGAUGGGUCUGAUUCGUCAGCCCCUUCUACAUCAAAGUCAAAUAGUACAGCUGUGACCGAGAAUUGCAGUGAAAUGACAUCUGAUCGCUCUUUGGUAGAGGACAAUGAUAUUGAUACAAAUAGCGACAUUGAUUCCCAGGUCGGUGACGACCUGGAUUCAUUUUAUGUGAUGACAUCAGAUCUCUCGCCGCUUUCAAUCCAAAUCGACUCCGCAAAAAGUGUUUCGGACGUUAAAGAUCAAAUCUCUAGGGUGUCUGGAAUUCCUGUCAGCAAUUUGCGCCUUGUCAGCCACGAAGACAUCCCAAUUGUGACGGAUAGUUUCAAUCCMUCCACUGGAGACAUCCUGACAGCGAAACCCUCGACUGUGCAUGUUGCACUGCCAGAUCACUCGGAGAUGCAUCUCUCUGCCUUUCCAAAUGCGCAAAUCGGUGAUGUGAAGGACUUCAUCGAGGGAAAAACCCACUUGAAUAGGUCAAAGCAAGUGAUUUGCUUCCUCGAGACCGAUUGUGAAUUGGACGAUGCAACCCUCAUUGAGAAUGAUACCAGCCUUCAGUUGACAACUAGAAGUUAUUUCCAAAAGCGUAAAAUGGCUAUUUGAAGAACUACUAAUAAUUGGGAACUCGAACAGAUCCACACAAGGCGUUUUGCAUCAGAUGAAAGACAUCUAUUAUCGUCGAAGACGAUACUGCAUGUAUUGUUUGAAAGGAACUACACAAUCCUCAUGAGAUUUAAGUGCUGCGUUUCGCUGUCUUGUAAUUUACUUGGAAAAGCCAUUUCUUCAACAGGACUUGGUUGGAAUAUAAUAUUUAAAUACUAUUUGUUURUAAUGUUAGCACAUCAUCUAUCUCCAGCGUGAAUUUGUUUUCGUAAAGUGGAUUUUCGGCUGUAUUCGAAAUAACCCUUCUUGGUCACUGUAUGAAAUAUCUUUCCCCCAAACACAYGGCAUCGCUCUUCUACUUCUAUUGAUCGUCGCUGUUGUUGUUUUGUUCUUUCCACGGGGUUGGUUUGCUCUUUGUCUGUAGGAGAUUGUGAGGGAACGAUCAUGCUAUAAAAUUGUUGUCGCUGAAGUUUUAAAAGAUUGUUUUGUUGGCGAAGGAAUGUCGGGUCAUUUCUUUGAUUUUCAGACGGAACUCUCACAGAAGCACUCGACGGUGCGAUUGGAAUAGGUACGGAAUCACCGCUACUCUUCUUGCUCCCCGCGUUGUGAUUGUUGGAUUCUAUUUUUUGAUUGCGCUGUGACAGAGUGGUAGCACCAGAAUCAUCGAGUGUUUUGCCACUUCUGUUUCGUCUUUUGGUCCUUUUCGGUUGCAUGGACAAACACAUGAGUUUGUCUCCACGGAAGAAUUUUGGAUGGUAGUAAGAACCCGCUGUUUGCCGUUUUGCCGAUGCAGGUACCCGCGUAAAUCCGUAAAUGUAGAGCUGGCGUUGAAAGGACUUGUAUUUCGUUUGCUUGAAGUAUGGUGGGAUUACUUUUUCUACAAAUUUCUCGAGGUUGUGGACCUUAAAGGCUUUCCCGUCGUCUACCCAAGAAACAGCAUCUGUAUCAACUCCAUUUUUGUGGACUGCCUCGAGCAUUUCAAAUAAUUUCCAUGCAAAAGGGAGUUUUGAAGGUGGCAAGUUCGAGUCUUGAGCUAGGUAAGCCAGAGUCAGAGCGCAAACAUCCAUCUUUGCAUUGCUCUGGGAGUCUUCAAAUUCUGAUUCCUUCUGAAGUUCGACUUUGAUAGAUGCCUCACCACAGCUUUGUGUGACCGGAGCAUUAUAAACCAUUUCCUUUUGA